AUGGCAGUAUCCAGGACACGCUCCUCGAUCCAAACUGAAAGAGCAUCCCUAAACAACCAGAGCUCGUUGAAAGGUGGUGACAGGGAUCAAAACUCUCCAGGGCGCCUGCUAGCCGAGGGAGAUGGCCGUCGCUCGGCCUCCGAGAAGUUCAAUAUCAAUACUCAGACUGGGGGAGCCUCUUUCAACAUCCCUAUUCAUACGACCCCGGGCCGCAGGGGAUUCGGGCCAUCACUAGAUCUUGUCUAUGAUUCAGGAUCCGCCAGUGCCAAUGGUGUCUUCGGUCUGGGAUGGCGAUUAGAAGGCGUUGACUAUGUUACACGGAAGACUUCUCUGGGCAUACCGUUAUAUAAUGACGGCGAUAUAUUUGUCCAUUCACGUGUGGGGGAGCUAGUGCCUCUGUUGCGCACGAAUGGAGCAGAUCUUGAUGAGGAGGAUCGAGACGGAUAUCGCGUCCGGAGAUAUAGGCCACGCGUGGAGUCUGACCCGAUAAGAAUUGAAUGCUGGAUAAAAAAAUCGAACACCAGAGACAUGUUUUGGAAAACUGCAACGUCACAGAAUACCACAACAUUAUAUGGCAGAACAACAAGCUCUCGGAUCUCCUGCUCUGAAAAGGGAAUAUCUAGCACAGAUGACGAGAUAUUUACAUGGUUCUCGUGCGAUGUAUAUGACAGCUUUGGCAACUACAUGGUUUAUUCUUACAAGUCUGAAGACGGUGCAGGAAUGUCUAACUCUGAUGUCUGUACCACCCAGCGCUACCUUAAGUCAAUCAAAUACGGAAAUAGGAGACCCAAUCGGGACUUGGAAACCUGGGAGGCACAGCUGUUAGACCCGAACAGGGAUAUAGGUUACUGGAUGUUUGAAGUUAUUCUCGACUACGGAGAACAUAAUAAGGAAUUUCCCACUACAAAAGCAGUUAAUAAAUGGGAACUUCGUAACGAUCCGUUUUCAAUACAUACCGGUGGUUUUGAGGUUCGAACAUAUCGUCUAUGUAGUCGAGUGCUCAUGUUCCACCACAUUCCAGAGGAACUGGAACUUCAGGAUUGUUUGGUGGCCUCUACAACUUUUCAGUAUGAAACUGAGCCCAAAUCAGGGACAACCUUUCUCAAGUCCUGCACAGCCUCGGGCCAUACACUAGAUGGAUGCAAGCAAGACUAUUCGACGUUGUCUUUGCCGCUAAUGGAGUUCAAUUACAACAAACUCCCUGAUCUAGAAUCACUGCACAUUGAAAAUCUUGAGCUCAACUUAUCUGGAUUUUCCUCUGGCAGAGCUAGUUGGGUGGACUUGGACGGUGACGGUGCACCAGGUAUUUUGGGGACUUUGCCUGGAGGAUGUUACUAUCACCCCAACUUAAGCCAAGGGACAAAAACCGAGAUUGGCGGACCGACCCUUCAAAACAGCAUCCCAAGUGCUAUGCAGUCUGAGAUGUGGCAUUUUGAAGAUGUCAAAGCCCGUGGAUUUCUGGACUUGGUAUCGGCAUCGCCCGAUGGGAGAGUCCAAGGGUUCUAUGGGCGUAGCGAGGAUGGCGAAUGGGAGCCGUUCGUCCCUUUCAAGUCUUAUCCAACACUUGGCCAUUCGAAGAAUGGGUGGACUAAGUACCAAGUGGACCUUGCCGGUGAUGGGCUGGCAGAUAUCCUGCACAAGCCCCCGAACAACGAUAGUGAAUGGUUCUGGCACCGUUCUCUGGGUCCGAAUGGGUUCGAGGAGGAACGGCGUACAGUCGGAGCACCUAAGCUACCCUCUGAACCAGCGACAGCAAUCUUUCUGUGCGACAUGUCAGGAGAUGGCUUGACGGAUAUUGUAAGUAUCCAAAAUGGCAACAUCUCCUACUGGCCAAACGCGGGCCAUGGGAGAUUUGGCCGCCAGGUUGAUAUGUUAGGACCACCCACCCUGUUAGACCCGGUAAACUUUUCUCCCCUCCGCGUUCGAAUGGCCGAUAUAACGGGCUGGGGAGGUGCCGACUUCAUAUAUUUACUGCCCGAGGGCGGCGCCCUAGUAUAUUAUAACCAAUGGGGUACUAGGUGGAGUCGUGAAUACCGCCUACCCUUUGUCCCUCCACUAGACCGCUUUGCUCUGACCGACAUACUUUCCGUCAACGGAAAGGGUACACAAUGUCUAUGUUGGACAUCAGAUGUUCGUGGCCCUUCUGGUAACCAGACAACGACCACGCUGCGAAUUAUCGACCUGAUGGGUGGAGGAAAGCCCGGCUUAUUAUCCAACACAUAUAACGGCAUGGGCGGGAGGUCAACUAUACAAUAUCGCUCCGCGACUAGCUAUUACCUGGAGGCCAAACGGCAUGGCCGGCCUUGGACCACGCGGCUGCCCUUCGCCGUCGAUUGUGUUAAGAGUAUAACAUUUAUGGACGAUGUUGCCCAGACUUCUCAUACAACGUACUACACGUAUCAUAAUGGAUAUUACGAUUAUAAGGAGCGCCAAUUCCGAGGCUUCCAAAUUGUCGAGGAAGAGACUAUGGAGGAUUUUGCAGUAGGCAUUACUGGUGCUCAAUUUAAACAACCCCCAGUUAUCAAGCGCAAUUGGUUCUACCUAGGCCUGGAGCGAUUGGAUCAGGGGACUCUUCUCCCACACAGCUUCCAGAUCCAAGGACCUCAGUAUAAACCAGUGUCUAGUGCAACGAUACCCCAAGGCCUUACUGUAGCGGAAAAACAGGAAGCAUACGCAGCACUGGCUGGCCAACCCCGCCGGCAGGAAAUAUACGGCAGUGGUGAUGGGAGCCAGGGACAUCUGCCAUAUACUAUAUCCGAACAAUCAUAUGUAGUUGUGAUUCAUCAAAGGGUGCAGAAGGGCAGGCGGGGUAUCUUCCGAGUUAACAACCGGGAAGAGCUGCUGACGCUGUAUGAGAAGGGCGAAGGACAACCAAGGCUGAAGCACACCUUUGCACUAAAAACAGAUGAUUUUGGUAACAUUGAGAGGCAGGCUAUUAUUAGCUAUGGACACAAGAAAAGCGCACUGGCCACAGUUGAAGACCGCAAAAAACAAGAAGAAACGGCAAUCACAUAUACCGAAAUGGCAUACACCAAUGCAAUAUUGGAGCCGAAAGAAUGUUUUCGCACCCCACUAGUGGCUAAAAGUAUCCAGUAUUGUGUAUAUCAAGGCUCCUGCUUGACUAGUGCAAUGACCGAUGGACGACAUAUCUGGGAGAAGCUGGCUGCCAACAAUUGUAAAUUGCUCACUCAGGCUGUCAACUUUCCGGAUCCCCCGAAAAACCGUGAUUGGAGGGAAAAUAUUCCUGCAGAAGGAUAUAAGUCUCUCCACUCCAAGGAAAUCUCACUAUACCGCCGGCAAGACCUCUCCGCACCCCUGGCCCUAGGAAAAUUAGAACCAUAUUCCAUCACACAUCAAGUCUAUCGGCUUUGUUUUACGAGGCAGCUGAUAGACACAACGCCCAUCUCGAAGCUAGGUCACAUCGAGAAUGCGCUAGAGAGCACGGGUUACGUUCAAUUGCCUGUCGCCAACGGUGGGCUGAUAAAUGAAUGGUGGUCUCCAUCCCCACGUCACGUAUUCCAAGUAGAUACGCUAGAUGCGGCCAACAGUGAACUACUUGUUGCCCGGGCCCAGUUCUUUAUUCCAAACAUUCAGAUUGACCAAUUCAGAAACAUAUUGAAGAAGCAGUUGGAUCCCUAUAAAUUACUGUUUGUGGAGACAUUGGAUCCUAUGGAGAACGCAACUAGAGUAGCAUACGACUACUCCUGCUUACAACCCAACCUGGUUAUCGAUGCAAAUGGUAAUAGGACUCAAUUCGCGCGAGACUCGCUAGGAGUCAGUGUGGGGAUUGCCGUUAUGGGGAAGGAAAAUGAGCCAGUUGGGGAUAGUCUUGAGGACUUUGCCAUUCAGUUGUCACAGGCAGAAAGAGACGAAUUUGUCAAAAAUCCAUCCGGCCCCAUAGCUGCCAAGCUGCUGGGCAAGGCGGGGAGGCGGAUAAUCUAUGACUUUAACUUCUAUGAAGAAAGUAGGAUACCAGGCUUCCAGGCGGAGCUGGUUCGUGACACCCACUAUAGAGAUUCAGGUGAGCCUACUCAGAUUUCGGUUUAUAUUAGCUACUUGGGCGGCCAGGGUACAGCAAUUCAGAGCACUACAUAUUCUGGAACUGAGGGAGGCAGUGAAUGGCAGUUCGAUGGUUUGGAGAUCCAGAGCCAGAACGGCCAGCCCGUGAAGCAGUUCUUACCCUUUUUUAAGUCAUCCCAUAAGUUCUGCUUCCAGUCAGAACAACUAGAUAAACCAGCUAUUGUUUAUUUCAGGGACGGGCUUGCCAGGCUUCAUGGUAUCCUAAAUGCGGAUCGCACUUGGAGCAAACACCGAUAUACUCCAUGGAUGGAGGAACAGUGGGAUGCUGGUGACACUAUACUGAUCGACGACCCCUCCAAGGACAUUGACGUGGGCAUCUACUUCCAAUUACUGGAACGUAAGCAGUACUACCCUACCUGGCAUUCCCAGAAAAUGAAGUCGGGGAAGGCCUCGGACAAGUUGGCUGCACAGAAGUCCGAAAUCUACAGCAACACCCCAACAUCUGUGUAUUUGGAUGCUCAAGGUCGUGAGGUCCUUUCCGAGCAGCGCAGCAAUUUUGCCGUACGACAAACCCGUCAACAAUAUGAUGAGCGGGGGAACUUGUCUGCUCUUUCUGACCCACGCAAUCGGAUCGUUAGUAGAACUUGGUACGAUUACUUAAACCGGCCACUUCACAGUAGCAACAUUGACAGUGGGGUCCACUGGUCGCUCUUAGACUGCACAGGAGCUCCAUUCGUGUCACAGGCCAACAAUGACUGGUGGAAACGAGUAGACUAUGAUGCUCUGAGGAGAAUCAAGUCCAUACAGUUAAUGCCGCAGUCUGACAAAGAAAACCCAGUUUGCGUCAUUCAGAAUCAGUAUGGGGACGAGAAAUACGUGCAGGACGGAGCCAAUAAGAACUUGAGGGAGCGGCUUUACCAAUGUAAAGAUCAAUCUGGGGUCGAUACUAAUUCGCGAUUUGACUUCAAGGGCAAUUGCAUCGAAUCGUCCAUCCAAUAUGCAGCGACGUAUGAUCAACUUUUGGACUGGUCUUUAGAGGAUAUUAAACUGGAGCCUGAGCUACAUAUUACCAGGUCGAGCUUCAACGCAAUGAACCACGCGGUGUAUAGAGCUACCACUGGUAGUCAAUAUGUUCAAAACAGGUUUGACAUCGCCGGUCGUCUAAAGCAAGUGAAGUCGGCCACAACUACAGACAACCCCAGCGCUACCUCCUCUGUUUAUGAUAUCAAGUAUUCCGCAGAUGAUCAAAUGACCUCCGUCAGCUACGAGAAUGGAUCCCAGGCCAAGCACAUAUACAACGUUCAGACACGGAGGCUGGAGAGAACUAUUAUUGCAAGAAACAAUAUAAAAACAGCCUUGCAAGAUGUCUCUCUUAUAUACGAUUGCCUUGGGAAAGUUGUCGAAAAAACCGACACCGCACAACAGACAACCUAUUUCCGUAACGAAGUCGUCAAACCAAAGCAACAGUUCCAGUACAAUUCUUUUGGCCAGCUUUUAUCAGCAUCUGGUCGAGAGCAGGUUAACCCUUCUAGUGAUCGUUUAAAUCCAUAUGCCCCGACUUCGGGAAAAGUGAACACAUUAGCCGGCGACGGGAAGCAACUAAUUGAGUACUUGGAGUCAUAUGAGUAUGAUCUUUCUGGUAAUAUCUUAGAGAUCAAACACGAGCCAGCGAGUAACACCACAUAUUCAGCAUGGACUCGGAAAUACACCUAUGAGGGGGUAAACAACAGGUUGACCAGCACCCACGUUGGCUCUACCACAGAGCGGUACGAAUAUAACGGUAACAUUGGACUCAAUGGCUGCAUGACUUCUAUAGGUGAACAAUCUUUAGGCUGGGACUAUAACCAUCGGUUACGCUCAUUCUCCAAGCAGCGGGUUAGGGAUGGCCACACGCCGGAGACAACCUGGUAUACCUACAAUUCGCAGGGGAAACGAGUUCGCAAGGUCACCGUCCGAGAUGGAAAGUCAAAGGUCAAAGAGACUUUUUAUCUCCCUCUCUGUGAUAGAUUUACCUCCUACAAGGGAAAUGGUGAGUCCCUGAUAAAGAAGACAACCACAAGUGUUGGCAAUUUAAGCUCUGCAAGCGCCCCCAUGGUCAUAAUCGAGACCAAGAACCAAAACAACACCAGGACUGGGCAAAGUCUGCUUCGAUAUCAAAUGAGCGAGAAUCUGGAACUCGAUGAUACCUGUAAAGUGAUAUCCUAUGAGGAAUACUCUCCAUAUGGAUCCAGCACAUAUCAAGCUCGGAUCACGGAAGCGCCGCGGAAGUAUCGAUUUGCAAGGUAUCAGCGGGAUAAUGAAUCUGGGCUCUAUCUCUGCGGCGAGAGAUACUACGCACCAUGGCUCGGAAGAUGGACGUCGGCGGAUCCACUUGGUGCUGUAGGUGGGCCGAACCUGUAUAUCUAUGCUGGCGACGACCCGGUCAACUUUGAUGACCAUCAAGGAACAAUGAACCAACAAAGAAACUCUGAGGGUGCCAUCCCUAAGACAAAACAGAAUGAGAGUGAUGGGGAGGGGGGAUGGACUCAAGUGAGAAAUAAGGGUAAUAAUAGACCUACCCGGUCAGACAAGGGCCUUCCGGAGGAAAACGCACCCGGGAACAAACUCCCAAAUAUCGAAAACUUUGAGGGGCACGUAGUUUCGGCCUCAAUAAAAGCAGGGCUGAAGGCAUUGACGGGUGGAAACACUAUUCCACCAAUUGAGACUGUGAAAAAGAAGGAGGAAGAAGGUAAAAGACAGGCCCAUAAUCAAAAAUUGAGGUCCGAGAAGAAGAUGCCUAAAAAGUCCAAAUACAUGGCCUAUUCGACCAAGUCAGAGAAAACGGCCAAGCCAGAGAAUCCCGGGUACCCCAAAAAAUUCGACAACCGGGAUAAAUUUUCUUUCGAAAUGCCACCCAAUUUCGACAAGCGUGAUCUCAUGGAAUUUCCCCUCACCGACCCUGCAUUCAAGGAAGGUACAAAUCAGGGUUUAUAUCGAAUUAUAUUUGGGCAUCCUAGCAGCUCAGAUACCACAUCUCGUGAUUGGACACCUGUUGGAGUUGUGAAGCAUGUCACCACUCCUGCUGGAAUUUUGAAGCUUAAGGACUCUCCUGGUGCUAAACGCCCUCCAUUAGAGUUAAUUGCUACGUACAGUAAGAUGAAAGAAUAUGUCAAAGUGGAGGGCUAA